AUUCUGACCAGCCGUAGGGGUGUUCACUGGCGGGGAGGAAUGCAGCGAGCUGGGGCUGCCGGACGGCUUGCGCUCCGGCGCUUGGGGUCCUUCGGGGCUAGGAAGCGGGGCUAUACUUCUGGGCAGGAAAAGCUGAAACAGACACCUCUCUAUGACUUCCACCGGCAUCAUGGUGGGAAGAUGGUGGCUUUUGCAGGCUGGAGCCUCCCUGUGCAAUACACACAAAGCCACUUGGACUCCCAUCUCCAUACACGUCAGCACUGCUCUCUCUUUGAUGUGUCCCAUAUGCUCCAGACUAAAGUGUUUGGCAGAGACAGGGUGAAGUUUAUAGAAAGUCUAGUAGUUGGGGAUAUUGGAGAGCUGAAGCCUGAUCAGGGCACACUCUCUCUCUUCACAAAUGAGAAAGGAGGCAUUAUAGAUGAUUUGAUUGUGACCAGCACCUCACAGCAGCAUCUAUACGUGGUUUCUAAUGCUGGUUGCAUGGACAAAGAUGUUGCUCUCAUGCAGAACAAGAUGAAGGAAAUGAAGGCAGCUGGCUAUGAUGUACACUUGGAGGUGUCAGACAAUGCUUUGCUUGCUCUGCAAGGUCCUGCUAUGGCCCACGUGCUGCAACCUGGGGUGGCAGACAAUCUGGCUAAGCUGCCCUUCAUGAGCAGUGCAAUGAUGGUCGUAUUUGGAGUGCAAGGCUGUAGGGUGACACGCUGUGGCUACACAGGCGAGGAUGGCGUAGAGAUCUCUGUCCCUGCAAGUCAAGCUGUGGAGCUGGCCGAGCUGCUGCUUAGAAACUCUUCUGUGUGGCUGGCUGGACUUGCAGCUCGGGAUAGUUUGCGACUGGAAGCAGGCUUAUGUCUUUAUGGGAAUGACAUUGAUGAGAACACAACCCCUGUGGAGGCCAGUCUGGUAUGGACUCUUGGGAAACGUCGUCGUGUUGCCAUGGAUUUCCCUGGUGCUUCAACCAUUUUGGCCCAAAUUAAAGAGAAACCGAAAAAGAAGCGGGUAGGGCUGACUUCCACAGGACCUCCCAUCCGGCAGCACGUGCCCAUUCUUAGCCCAGAGGGCAAGGCAAUUGGUGAAGUUACUAGUGGCUGCCCAUCACCGUGCCUGCAGAAGAAUAUUGCUAUGGGCUAUGUGGACAGCGAAUACAGCAAACUGAACACAGCCCUCACUGUAGAGGUGAGGAAGAAGAAUUACCCAGCUCUUGUGACUAAAAUGCCCUUUACACCUACCCAUUACUACACUGUAAAAUAAGCUGCUGCCAGCAGAGAUGUUUAAUUUUAUAUUACACUUGACUCUAUGAGGGAUCUGGUAGAUGACUGCUACUGAAGACAAGCUGGGCCUCAAGAAAACUAUAUCAGUCUAUCAUUGAUGACUGCAGCAUGAGGAGGAAUAUUUGAAGACUGAUAGGCAGAAAUGUAACCUGGUUUUAUUCCUCUCAUCUGCUCAGUAGCUUCUUAGUUACUGUCAUGAGUUAUUUAGUUCAGAUAAUUUAGUUGUAUCUAGGCUAUCUAAACUUUUUGGGGAUGGUAGGCACAUUGGAAUUUGGAAAACACAUUCUGGGCACUCUUACAAAAUUAGAGGCAUGAUCAGUCACAAAAUUCUAAUUUACCAGAAGGAAAACUGAAGAAGAUGCUCUCCACUUAACUUUUGUACCCUCAUCUUCAAGAACCCGCUCUGUGGCUCCCAGCUGAUCACCUGUCUUUUUCCUGGGUAGAUGCACACUAGACUGUAAUCCCUCUCCAUUUUUAUACUCUGAGAAUGCCUACGAGUCCCCUGAUUUGAUGGUAGCAAAUGCUGUAGCAGAACUACUUGUGAGCCAUUUUCUUUAAGAAGGCGGCUUUUAUAAUUGUUCAACACAUGCUUUGUGAGAAUAAGCAGGAGCAGUGGUUCAGCUUAGGCAAAUCCUCUUUUAUUUCUUUGUUUUUAGCUGAGCUGGAGGUUUCAGAUAGUCCCUUGAAGUACAGCUCAUCUCCUGGUUAUUUCAUGAGGACACCCAUGAAAAUUUCUUGGCAACAAUAAAAUAGUUUACUAUUGUCA